AUGACCGACUCGCCCGAACCCGAUGCCCCCAACACCCUUCAUUCUCGACCGGCCAUGUCCUUCCCUUCCUGCAAAUCCGAAUGUCUCACAGAGGGACUCACAACUGUACCUGAAGAUGGCGACAUGCAAUUUGACGCGUCCGGUCGAUCAUGGCAUGACGGCGCCCAGACAACUGCAAUUGAACAACUGGUCUCGCUCAAACAGGGGUUGAGGACUUCAGAUACCGAGCUAUUCUGGAAACGGCUCAUGGAAGAUCUGACAUCAAUCAGUAAAGCUCAAUAUGGUUUUGUUGCCCGUCGUGCGCAUGGCGGGGAACCCAUGGCCGAAUUGGGCGGGCGCCGGCCGUCGCUCUUUGGAGCCGUGUUUUAUUACGAUGAUGGGUAUCAGAACGUCGGACUACAACGAAACCGGUACUUCGCAGGUGGAAACCCUCUUUUACAUAUGGAUCAUGAGCGACCGUGCUUGAUUCCUGAAAAUCUUAAAUCUCUAGUCUCCUUUGGGGACGAUCAGCUACCUUUCCCCGCCGAGGCGUAUCUGGCUAUCCCGCUCUUCUCAGCGGGCAAGUGCCUCGCUUAUCUUGGGUUGAUGUGGUCAGCAGAGGGAACGCGGAAUCGAAACCUCUCCUGGUCAUUUUUGGAGGUUCUUCUGCAUUCGCUCGAUGAUAUGAUCGUUCAGCGGCUGCUCGAGGACGAAAUCUUCCCGGAGCAGGAAAGCUGUGCAUUCCCGCCUAUCCCUCCGACUGUCGAAGAUAUACAAUACACCACAUUUCAAGAAACCUCCGACUUUGUCUCCCACCAUUCAACACUCAAGCCUUACGCCCGCAGUCUAUCACACGAAUUACGAACCCCAAUGCAAGGCGUUGUGGGUAUGCUGGAUGUGAUGCACGCAACUGUGCGAGAGGCGAUGGAAAGCAGGACACCUAUCAAAUCAGGUGGGAUUUUCCAGGCCCUCAAAGAAGGAAUUGAAAUGGUUCAGGAUAGCGCAAGACGUGCUGUGGAGGCCGCAGACAAUGUUGUCCACGCUUACGAUCUCAACAUGCAAGUGCCUAAAACCCCAACCCCGCAACGGGAAGAGGAUAGUCAAUUUUUUGGCGACGUACCUCCAUUAUCGGAAUCCGAUGAAAGCCGCCCGAGCAUUUUCAUCGAAGGAAACAAUAUCGCAGUGAACCCUUACAAGAGACGACGAAGUCUCCCGCUGGAUAUGGCUUCAUGUUCAUCACGACCCGCUCGAAGGCAGCGACUCCGCGCUGCAUCAUCACGGCAGGAACUAUCGCCCCGCAGUGAGGAAGUUAAAAAUGCGGUCCACGAGAGCGAUCAGAUCGUUCACGCUACUCCGGCCCGCCAGAUCGAGGAAGUCAUGGCCAAUAUGGUUGACCCUCGGCCAUCCAUUGCAGUUCGACGGUCUGCGCCUCACCUACUGCUGGAAGGUAUCAACGUGAACCUCAGAGGACCAGCCUUGCGAUUCACCAAGUUGCGAGACCUGCUCCGUUUAGUCAUCAACGAGUCGCUCCAUGUUGGCGGUCGGCCGGAUUCUGCUGAGAGUAAUGCCACCGAGUUUGGCGAGAAGAUUGAGAUUAAAUCUCGAUCCUCAAAUGGUGAAAUAUUUACCAAGACGGUGGACUGGUCUGUUGACCCUGCACUGCCUGAUACUCUUCUGGCAGAUGAUCGGGACCUGGCUAAACUGAUCUCCUGUGUCUUUCUGAACGCUAUCAAGUUCACCAAUAAUGGCACAAUCACUGUCUGUGCAACCAUCGAUAUGAAAAAUAACGAUGUGUUGAUUAGUGUGCGAGACACUGGCCCAGGUAUUCCAGAGGCUUUCUUACCAAAUCUUUUUAAGCCUUUUGCACGGGAAGAUGCGUCAACAACGCGGAGCAAGGAUGGGCUGGGCCUCGGUCUCCUUGUAGCAAAGGGACUUUCACGGAAGAUGGGAGGUGAUCUGGUCUGUGUUCGCUCAUCGACCACCGGGCCUGAUCAUGGGUCUGAGUUUCAAAUUCGAGUACCCCUGAAUCAACGUGAUGCCUACAACCGGCCUGCAACCCCGAACGAGCGUAUCAUGACGCCGCCUAUCUCUAUCGAGCAUACGCGGACUGGUAGUGGUAGCAGUUUUGUUUGGGAGCCCACGCUAUCGAGUUCACCUUCUGUUCUACAGAAGCCACAACUUCAGCAACCAACCCCCAGCAUCAGUGAUGAGAAAUUAUCCGAGAGUCCACCCCUACCUCGUAUACUAUCCCGACCUCAACUGAACCCCAGCGCCAUCUCUCAAGAUACGUACGACAAGAAACUCGGGGAGAAAUACCCGCUACGUUUCCUUGUCGCGGAAGACAACCGGAUCAACCGACGUGUGUUGGUCAACAUGCUCCGCAAGCUUGGCUACCGUGAUGUUCUGGAAGCUGCCGAUGGUAGAGAGGCAGUACAAAUCGUCCAAGAGAUUCUCGCUGCAUCGACCGCCGCCAGUGACUCGAUGGAAAUCUCCAGCACCGCGGAUGAGCCCAUCAAACCCACACCAUUAGAUACGCCCGAGCUGAAGCCUAUCGAUAUCGUCCUUAUGGAUCUCUGGAUGCCUGAAAUGGAUGGUUACGAGGCAACAUCUCGAAUUCUGCAAAUGGUGGAUGACCACCAAAGCCAGUCCUCUGGUUCGAACAAUUCAUCACCUGAUAUUCCCAACAACCCAGACUCCAUGGACAUGGAUACAUGCAUAAGUCCACUGCGUUUGACACAACCUCCGACCGUCCUUGCCGUGAGCGCCGAUGUCACGGACGAGGCCUUGAACCGUGCCUCUAGAGUGGGAAUUAAGGGCUACAUGACGAAACCAUACAAACUCUCCGACCUCGAAAGAUUGAUCCUCGGAUUCUGCGGUAGUCCUGACCCGAUGGUGACUACCUAA